UUGAAAACUCCGACGACCUUUGUCUCCUUUCAACGACAUCGUUUUAUAAAACCCACAAAAAAAUUAAAAUAACAAACGUUACAACAAAGGCAGGCGAAUUUUUUUUUUUUCUGUUCAUAGUCAACUCUCUCUCACGCCAUCUUUGACCAACAAAACACAACUCAUACAUACUUACACACAAACAACAAAUUGUACAAUUUUGUGCUUUUACACUAACCAAAUUUCCACUUUAAUUUUCAAAAGGGAAAAUUUGGAUCUGAAUUCCAAUUCCUCGUUUUGCGUGUAAAACCCUAAAUUGCUAUGCUGAUUUAGGGUUAGGGUAUAGAGUAAAAAAAAAAAGGGUUUAUGAUUCACUUGUUAGGGUAUAGGAUUUAAGAGUUUUUGAUUGGUGGUUGAAAAUGAUGGUAAUAAGGGGAUUCUGAUGCUGAUUUGAGGUAUUAUGUGGGGUUAAAAAGGUUUUUUUUUUUGAUUCACAGGUUGUAUAAGGUUUUAGGGUUAGUUGAAAAUUGAUGUUAUAAAGGGGAUUAUAUUGCUGAUUUAAGGUAUUAUAUAAGGUAGAGAAGGGUUUUUGAUUCACUGGUUGUAUACCUUAAUGAUGGUAUUGUGAUGCUGAUUUGUUAGGGUAUUGUAUAGGGUAAAAAAGGGUUUUUUGAUUCACUGGUUGUAUAAGGUUUUAGGGUAGUUUGAAGGAAUGAUGGUAUUGUGAUGCUGAUUUAUUAGGGUAUUGUAUAGGGUAAAAAAGGGUUUUUGAUUUACCGGUUGUAUAAGGUUUUAGGGGUAGUUUGAAGAGAUGAUGGUACAAAGGGGGUUAUUUGGGUGGUCCCCACCACAUAUACAACCGUUAACGCCGGUAUCAGAAGUAUCAGAGCCACCGGAAUCACCUUCUCCGUAUACGGAUACAGGUGGCGAUGCUAUGCAGGUUGAGUUGGAGGAGGAGAUGGAUGCAGAUACGGAGGAGAUGGAACCACCGCCGACGGCAGCUCCAUUUUCGAUGCUGUUCGCUUGUGCGGACCGGCUUGAUUGGGUGCUUAUGAUUUUAGGAUCAGUUGCUGCAGCUGCGCAUGGGACUGCUUUGGUGGUUUACUUGCAUUACUUUGCUAAGAUUAUUCAAUUGCUCAGCCACGGGAAUGAACCCGCUGAUCAGCUGUUCCACCGAUUCACUGAGCUUGCCUUGACCAUUCUUUAUAUUGCGGGGGGUGUUUUUGUUGCUGGUUGGAUUGAGGUAUCAUGUUGGAUUCUUACCGGAGAACGGCAGACUGCGGUGAUCAGAUCAAGAUAUGUUCAAGUAUUACUGAAUCAAGAUAUGAGUUUUUUUGAUACCUAUGGAAACAAUGGAGACAUUGUGAGCCAAGUCUUGAGUGACGUGCUACUUAUUCAAUCUGCUCUUAGCGAAAAAGUUGGGAACUAUAUUCACAACAUGGCUACCUUUUUCAGUGGCCUUGUUAUUGGAUUUGUCAACUGCUGGCAAAUUGCCCUUAUAACUUUAGCAACUGGUCCGUUCAUUGUUGCAGCCGGGGGAAUAUCAAAUAUAUUUCUUCAUAGACUUGCAGAGAACAUUCAGGAUGCAUAUGCUGAAGCAGCAAGUAUAGCUGAACAGGCAGUUUCUUAUAUUAGGACAUUGUAUGCAUUCACAAAUGAAACUUUGGCCAAGUAUUCAUAUGCUACCUCGCUACAAGCUACACUGAGGUACGGUAUAUUAAUAAGUCUUGUGCAAGGACUUGGACUUGGCUUCACAUACGGGCUUGCAAUUUGUUCCUGUGCCUUGCAACUAUGGGUUGGAAGAUUCCUGGUAACACAUGAAAAAGCUCAUGGUGGUGAAGUUGUUACUGCUCUUUUUGCUGUAAUUUUAAGUGGCCUUGGGCUGAAUCAAGCAGCGACAAACUUCUACUCUUUUGAGCAAGGGAGAAUCGCAGCUUAUAGGCUUUUUGAGAUGAUAAGUCGUUCGUCCUCCGUUGCUAAUAAUGAAGGAACCACCCUUCCUUCUGUGCAAGGAAACAUUGAAUUCCGAAAUGUAUAUUUCAGCUACCUCUCUCGCCCUGAAAUUCCUAUCUUGAGUGGAUUUUAUCUCACUGUACCUGCUAAAAAGGCUGUAGCCCUUGUUGGCAGAAAUGGUUCCGGCAAAAGUAGUAUUAUACCACUUAUGGAGCGGUUUUAUGAUCCUACAUUAGGGGAAGUCCUGUUAGAUGGGGAAAAUAUUAAAAACCUGAAACUGGAAUGGCUCAGAAGCCGAAUUGGCUUAGUAACCCAGGAACCUGCCUUGCUAAGUCUGAGCAUCAGAGAUAACAUUGCUUAUGGACGAGAUGCUACUUCAGAUCAAAUUGAAGAAGCUGCUAAAAUAGCACAGGCUCAUACAUUUAUUAGCUCACUGGAGGGAGGAUAUGAAACCCAGGUGGGUAGGACUGGUCUAGCUUUGACAGAAGAACAAAAAAUUAAACUUUCUGUUGCUAGGGCUGUUCUUUCAAAUCCUUCAAUCCUCCUUCUUGAUGAGGUUACUGGUGGACUUGAUUUUGAAGCUGAAAGAUCUGUUCAGGGAGCUCUGGAUCUCCUUAUGUUGGGCAGAUCAACUAUAAUAAUAGCAAGGCGACUGAGUCUUAUUAGAAAUGCUGAUUACAUUGCCGUGAUGGAGGAAGGCCAAUUAGUUGAAAUGGGAACACACGAUGAACUAAUAGCAUUGGAUGGCCUCUAUGCUGAGCUUCUUAAAUGUGAAGAAGCAGCGAAACUCCCUCGCAGGAUGCCAAUGAGAAACCACAAGGGGACCGCAGUGUUCCAAGUUGAAAAAGAUUCUUCAGCUAGUCAUAGCUUCCAAGAACCUUCUUCUCCCAAGAUGAUGAAAUCACCAUCUCUUCAAAGGGUUUCUGGUGCCCAUGCAUUUUGGGCAGCAGAUGUUACAUUUAGUGCUCAAGAAUCUCCCCACAGCCGUAGCCCGCCACCGGAGCAAAUGGUCGAGAAUGGUAUGCCCUUGGAUUCAGCUGAUAAAGAACCAUCAAUAAGAAGGCAGGAUAGCUUCGAGAUGAGACUGCCAGAGCUUCCUAAGAUUGACGUUCAAUCUGCAAAUCGGAAAAUGUCCAACAAUUCCGAUCCCGAAUCACCUGUCUCACCACUCUUGACAUCUGAUCCCAAAAAUGAGCGCUCUCACUCACAAACUUUUAGUCGUCCAAACAGUGAUUUUGAUGACUUCCCUAUUACACCUGAAAAAACAAAGGAUACAGAGAAUCGAGAACCACCAUCCUUCUGGAGACUUGUUGAGCUUAGCCUUGCAGAGUGGCUUUAUGCUCUACUAGGGAGCACGGGUGCUGCAAUAUUUGGUUCCUUUAAUCCCCUUUUGGCCUACGUCAUUGCUCUGAUUGUAACAGCGUAUUACAGAACAGAAGAUAAGCAUCACUUAGGUCGAGAUGUUGAUAGGUGGUGCCUCAUUAUAGCCUGUAUGGGUGUGGUGACUGUUUUUGCCAAUUUUCUGCAGCACUUCUAUUUUGGUAUAAUGGGCGAGAAAAUGACUGAGCGGGUUCGGAGGAUGAUGUUUUCCGCAAUGCUUCGCAAUGAGGUCGGGUGGUUUGAUGAGGAGGAGAAUAGUGCUGAUAAUCUAUCUAUGCGCUUGGCAAAUGAUGCUACAUUUGUGCGUGCUGCCUUCAGCAAUCGGCUUUCCAUAUUCAUACAAGAUACCGCAGCUGUUAUUGUGGCUGUUCUUAUUGGGAUGCUACUUCAGUGGCGGUUGGCACUCGUGGCAUUAGCUACUCUUCCUGUUCUUACAGUGUCUGCUGUUGCACAGAAAUUGUGGCUUGCUGGGUUGUCAAAGGGUAUUCAGGAGAUGCAUAGGAAAGCAUCCUUGGUCCUUGAGGAUGCUGUUAGAAAUAUUUAUACAGUUGUAGCAUUCUGUGCUGGUAAUAAGGUAAUGGAGCUCUACAGAUCGCAACUGCAGAAGAUAUUUACGAAAAGCUUCCUCCAUGGUGUGGCAAUUGGUUUUGGUUUUGGCUUUUCACAGUUUCUUCUUUUUGGUUGCAAUGCUCUUCUCCUUUGGUAUACUGCACUCUCUGUAAAGAAGAAGCACAUGAGUCUAACUACAGCGCUCAAGGAGUAUAUGGUGUUCUCGUUUGCAUCUUUUGCACUUGUUGAGCCUUUUGGGCUGGCUCCAUAUAUUCUCAAAAGACGAAAAUCGCUGACAUCAGUUUUUGAAAUAAUUGAUCGAGCACCAAAGAUUGACCCAGAUGAUAACUCAGCUUUAAAACCCCCAAAUGUCUAUGGAAGCAUUGAGUUGAAAAACAUUGAUUUCUCAUAUCCAUCUCGACCAGAAGUCCUGGUGUUGAGCAAUUUCACUCUCAAAGUCAACGGAGGGCAAACUGUAGCUGUGGUGGGUGUUUCCGGUUCAGGAAAGAGCACAAUUAUAUCUCUAAUAGAGAGGUUUUAUGACCCUGUUGCUGGUCAGGUUUUACUUGAUGGCCGCGAUUUAAAGUCAUACAAUUUGAGAUGGUUGAGGAACCAUUUAGGACUUGUUCAGCAGGAACCAAUUAUCUUCUCAACUACCAUUAGGGAAAACAUAAUCUACGCAAGGCACAAUGCUAGUGAAGCCGAGAUGAAAGAAGCAGCUAGAAUAGCAAAUGCUCAUCAUUUCAUCAGCAGUUUGCCUCAUGGUUACGACACACAUGUUGGGAUGAGGGGGGUAGAUCUGACUCCUGGACAGAAGCAAAGAAUUGCAAUAGCUCGUGUAGUUCUGAAGAAUGCACCUAUUCUAUUAUUGGAUGAAGCAAGCUCCUCCAUUGAAUCUGAGUCGAGCAGAGUGAUACAGGAGGCUCUAGAUACUCUGAUCAUGGGGAACAAGACAACCAUUUUAAUUGCUCACCGAGCUGCCAUGAUGAGGCAUGUUGACAACAUAGUUGUACUUAAUGGAGGGAGGAUUGUUGAGGAUGGUACCCAUGAUACACUGAUGUCAAAAAAUGGUUUAUAUGUCCGCUUGAUGCAACCUCACUUUGGGAAGGGAUUGCGUCAGCAUAGACUUGUUUAAACAGAAAUGAUGCGACUGAAGAUACUUUCCAUUUUCAAUGAAGCUGGGAGUAGCAGCAGCAGAUUCCAUUGUCCAAAUCCUCAGUGUAAGAUGCCGACUUCAACUUGGAGAGAUCAAGCAAAGAAAGAAUGACGAGGAUUUCUCAACACUUUGUUUGCCGUUGAGUAUCACCGUUGGGCAAUCAAACUUCGGAUGUAAUUAGACUACUGAUGCAUUGUUCAAAUUGGUAUCGAGGAUGAUAGGAUAUCAGGACUAGAACUUAUAUUCUUUUGGAGGCCGGCCGGUUGUGUAAAUCAGGAUUACGCUCCGUCUCCUGAUGGUAUAUUGAUUUGUUAAUUAUAGAGUGGAAUGAGUAGCCAUAGCUUUAAUCAGGUGGAGAUUUUUCGUUUUUUCUUCUGUAUUCUUUCUUCAUUUCGGGGUGUAUUUUGUGUGUUGUAGUCAAGUGCUGGUCAAUUUUCUCUGCCAAAAUUUCCUCCACUUCUGUAUAUUUUUCUUACUUAACAUGGAAGCUAUAGAGAUGAUUUCAGCAUCAUUUUCAGCCUGUAUAAAUGCGUUGCCAAUUUGAUACUCAAGUACUAGCA